AUGGACCCGGAUCAGAAGAAACAAGCUCAGCUUAAGCUAUCCAAUGCGCUGAAGGAGUAUUUCGACCGCGAUGAUCAACUCCGUUUCAAAUGGGAGGAUCACGUGGGCCAGGGGCAUUUCUCGGCAGCGUGGAAGAUCAAGUACUUCCCUCGAAACGCCGAGCCGGCCCCGGCAGGGCCCAUAGGCUCAGGCGUGUGGCGACGGUGGCGGGCGAGGCAGCAACAACGGGUGGCAGCGGCAAAGCCAAAGGAAUGGCGGCGUAUCGUCUUGAAGGCCUUGAUAGCGGAUACAGAGGGAAACAUUUUCGGGGUCGACGAUAUGGACAUCGUUAAGCCCGGGGAGGAAGCCGGGAAGAAUGCCGACGCGGAGCCUUCGAUUUCCAAGGUCCAUCCUCAGAAUACCCAGAUAACGAGGGAAAAGAGUGUCUUGGGGGCGAAACACAUAGUGAAGCUCGCCGACGUCCCCCGUGAUCCCCUUGCUCAGACAUUCGUCGGUCUUCCGCGACUUCCCCUGAACGACGGGAUGUAUGUGUACAUGGAAUGGAUCGAGAACGGGUCGCUCGACCGUCUCAUAACCAGGAUCCGGAGGCAGGGGCUCGAAAUCUUGCCAAACAGGAUACUGUGGAGAUUUAUCAUGUGCUUGAUCAGGAUGUGUAUAGCAAUGGCUUGGCCACCUCCUCGCCCGGCAGGAGAUAACCCUCAACCGGUGCUAGAACAUGUCAAUCCGAACAUCGACCCCUCCGGCCUUGUUCAAGAUGAUUUUCAUCCUGGAAAUAUUAUGCUCGGGUCGCUUGAAGAUGAUCCUGGAGAGCCGGAGCACAGUCUCGUCCCCAUACUCAAACUGAUCGACUUUGGCAUAUCCAAGGAACUGGCCCCUCUAGACCCCAAGGAUAAGGCCUUGACGAGGAACAUCUUUGACAUAGGCACAAUCAUGGCCUCACUCGUGCUGCUUAGGAAGGACCUGCCCUUCGACUACAGAAACCGCAGUCUUUCCAAUUCCGGCAAAACAGAACCCUUCAAAUCGGAUAUAACAGCAGGAGUCGAAUACGGACCCGAGGGGUUGAGCUACGACCCAACGAAGAUGGAUCGGAUCCCGUGUCGCUGCUGGACCGAGAUCUACGGGACUUGA